AUGGGAGGAACAAGACAUCACACGUUGGGGCUGGAAGAGAUCGCUUGGAGACGAGUGGUUGGACUUUGGAACCCGCAGUCUGAACAAGAGUUGGCUGCCUUCUUGCAGAAGGCUACGGCUACUGUUGAAGACUACGGAUUCCUGUGCAAUAUCCAACCUGCUUGGCCAGGCUGCUGGUGCUUGGGCGCGGAUGCCGAGACCGCUGCCCUGGUCGUCCGGCCUCUGAACGCUCUGAAUGCAGAAAGCAAAGUCACCAUGACUCAAAAUACAAACGGGCGAAGCCGCUUUGUGUCCACUCAACCCGCCUAA